UGGCAGGUGGGCAGCAACAGGGAGCUGGAGGCCAAGAAUUAUUUGGAAAAACAUCAGAUUAUGGAGUUGCUGAACUAUCUCACCAGGGCCCUGCUCUUUUCCCGGCCAGAAAAGCCAAGAGAGUAUUUAAUAUCUCUAUUGGAACAACUGAGAAUUGCCAAAAUAACAGGCGUGGCUUUUCCUUUCUUUAUGGAUCACUCUAACAUUGUGUCUGUGUUUGAGAUGAUGGACACUUCAAAUAAAGGCACUAUAUCAUUUGUGCAGUACAAAGAAGGCCUAAAAACCCUGGGUCUUUUGAAUGAAGAUGAAGUUUUAAAAGAUGAUGGACAUGUAAUAACUUUGGAAAAAUUCAGAUCUGAAGUGAAGAAGAGGACUGAGAAAAUAUGGUCAGCAUUUUAAUAACACCAUAAGUCCAAGAUAAUAAAUGAUUCUAUAAAGUUAAAAAAAAAAACUAGGGUCUUUGACCCUUGUGAUUAUUAUUGCUCACUUUUAGGAUGUGUUACCCUUCUGUGAUGAACGUACUAGUUCUACACCUUGAAAAUUAGAGCAGGAUAAGAAGGAGAAGGUACCUUUUAGAGUAUUCCUAAUGAACUUGCUCGUCCAUAUAGGAUGUUCCUUUUGUUGGAGCCACAAAUUAUCUUCUUAGGGUUAAUUCAGGAAGACUAGGUUUAAAGGCACACAUAAAUGAGUCAUUCCUUAAAAAUUUGUUUGCAAAUCGCACUACUGGGUAUUUACUCCAAAGAUACAAAUGUAGUGUUCAGAAGGGUCACAUGCACCCCAGUGUUUAUAGCAGUAAUGUCCACAAUAGCCUAACUAUG